AAGAAGAGGACUCAUGGUUCUGUGGAGGAGCUGCUGUCCUGCUGUGCUCGGUGUCAGGAUGUCCUGAAGGAUCCAGUCUCUACCAGCUGUCGACACUGGUUCGGCAGACAGUGCAUCACAUACUGGGACCAGUCUGCGUCAUCAGCAGACUCCACCUGUCCCCAGUGUGGAAGAAGAUCCCAAACAAACGGUGCUGUACAAACAGAUGCCGGUCUGCAGGAGGUUUUAGACGAACAUGAGAUCAGUCUGAAGAGGAGCUGCAAAUGUGUGACUGAAGGAACUGAUAAAACAAGAAGUGAAACUCUCCUCAACAGAAUCUACACUACGCUCUACAUCACCGAGGGACAUAGUGACGAGGUUAAUACCCAGCAUGAUGUAAGGCAGCUGGAGACCGCUUCCAGGAUGAAGACCAUCCAAGACACUCCAAUCAUGUUCCGCGACGUAUUUAAUUCCGAACGUGACGUACCGCCAAGCAUCAGAGUCGUCCUGACGAACGGCAUCUCUGGCGUUGGAAAGUCCUUCGCAGUGCAGAAGUUCACUCUGGAUUGGGCAGAGGGCUUGGAGAACCAAAAUGUCAGUCUGAUGAUUCCGCUUCCAUUCAGGGAGCUGAACUUGAUCAAAGAUGAGGAGUACAGUCUUCUCACGCUGAUCCAGCUUUUCCAUCCCACAUUACAACAGAUUGAACCAGACAAGCUUAGCGCCUGUCAAGUUAUGUUCAUCUUUGACGGCCUGGAUGAAAGCAAAAUCUUACUGGAUUUCCAGAACAAUGAGGUUGUUUCUGAUGUCACACAAAUGUCAUCAAUGAAUGUGCUGUUGACUAACAUCAUCCAGGGGAAUCUGCUUCCCACGGCUCUCAUAUGGAUAACUUCCAGACCUGAAACAGCAGGUCAGAUCCCUCCUGCAUGUAUUGACAGGGUAACGGAAGUACGAGGCUUCGUUGAGGCCAAGAAGGACGAGUACUUCAGGAGGAAAGUCACUGAUGAAGAGAUGGCCAGUAGAGUCAUCUCACACGUCAAGGCAUCCAGGAAACUCAACAUCAUGUGUCUGAUCCCAGUCUUCUGCUGGAUCACUGCUACAGUUCUGGAAGAGUUGUUUACCAAAGACCACAAAGAAGUGCUGCCCACGACCAUGACUGACAUGUACUCUCACUUUGUGCUCGUUCAGACAAAGCGGAAGAAUGAUGAAGAACCGGAGACAAACCCACAUGAGCUGACGGAGGCGGACUGGGAAGUUAUUUUGAAGCUGGGGAGGCUGGCGUUUGAACAGCUGGAGAAAAGAAACCCCAUGUUCUACCAAGAAGAAGUGGAACGGUGUGGUCUUGAUUUGGCAGAGUCCUCUCUGUACUCAAGAGUUUGUACAACGUUUCUCAAAAAAGAGCGUGUGGUUUUCAACAAAACCGUCUACUGCUUCGUUCAUAUGAGCGUUCAGGAGUUUCUGGCCGCAAUCUACAUCUUCUACUGUUAUACCAACAGGAACACGGAGGUACUGAAGGACUUCCUGGGAAAAGACUGGGACAAUGACAACAGUGAUGGCAAUGAUCAUGAUUACCCAUCCCUGAAUGACUUCCUGAUAAGAGCAAUGAAGAAAUGCCUCGAAGUUGAAAAUGGCCACAUGGACAUGUUUGCCCGCUUUCUCCACGGCCUCUGUCUGGAGUCCAACCGGAGAUCCUUAGGAAGCCUGCUGGGUCAGACAGAAAGCAGUCCAGAAACCAUCCAGAAAGCCAUCAACAACCUAAAGGAGAUGAAAAGUGAUGAGAUGCCUCCUAACAAAAACAUCAACAUCUUCCAAUGUCUGAUGGAGAUGAACGACCACUCGUUACAUCAAGAGAUCCUGGAGUUCCUGAAGUCAAAGAGCAGAUCACAGAAGAAACUCUCUGAGAUCCACUGCUCAGCUCUGGUCUACAUGCUGCAGCUGUCGGAGGAGGUUCUGGAUGAGUUGGACCUGCACCAGUACACCACAACGCUUUGGGGACGAGAGAGACUGAUUCCAGCUGUGACGAACUGCAGAAAGGCUGUACUUUCUGGCUGUGGAAUCACAGAUACUAAUUGUGAAGUUGUGGCCUCUGCUCUGAAGUCCAACCCCUCCCAUCUGAGGGAGCUGGACCUGACUGACAAUAUCCUGAAGCAAUCAGGAGUAACGCUUCUGUGUGCUGGUCUGGAGAGUCCAAACUGUAAACUGGAGACACUAAGAAUGAUGGGCUGCAGUUUGUCAGAGAUCAGCUGUGCUUCUCUGGCCCUAGCUCUGAAGACCAACCCCUCCAGUUUGAGAGAGCUGGAGCUGAGUAACAACAAGCUGCAGGAUUCUGGAGUGAAGCUGCUGUGUGGUUUUCUGGAGAGUAUACACUGUAGACUGGAGACACUAAGAUUGAGGAGGUGCAAUUUGUCAAAGAUUAGCUGUGGUUCUCUGGCCUCGGCUCUGAAGUCCAAUGCCUCCCAUCUGAGAGAGCUGGACCUGGAGAACAACAAGCUGGAGGACGCGGGAGUGAAGCUGCUGUGUGAUUUUCUGAAGAAUCAACAAUGUAGACUGGACACUCUGAGAUUGUGGCACUGCAGUUUGUCAGAGAUCAGCUGUGCUUCUUUGGCCUCAGCUCUGAGGUCCAACCCCUCCAGUCUGAGAGAGCUGGAGCUGAGUCUCAACAGGCUGCAGGAUUCUGGGUUGAAGCUGCUGUCUGCUCUUGUGGAGAGUCCACGCUGUAGACUGGAAACUCUGAGGAUCAAUGGCAAGAUAAUUAGACAGAUGGCAAGUUCAGCUGAGAAACACAAAAAAAAUGACUCAGGUGUCAAACUGGAUGUGAAAACAAUACUGCCCGAGGAUUACAGAAAGGCUCCAUUAUCCUUCUCACCUGAACACACAACUGAAUGUUCAUACAGGUUCAGGUGUCCUGGUCCAGGUGUGUUCCAGUGUAGUUUGACUGGACUGGUGUUUGUUAUGGCUCAGGAGGCGGAGCUGCUGUACAGGACUGUCCAAUGGGAUCAGAGCCUCCUCCAACCAGCUGGCAAGAAGGCUGCAGGACCGCUGUUCAACAUCAAGUGUUCAGAGGAUGCUGCUGUCCUUCAGCUCCACCUCCCACACUGUGAAACAAAGGAUGCGCUGCUCGUUGACGGCCUGUUGUCUGUCGUCCACAUCACCGAUGACGGAAUGAGCAUCUUGAAGCCGCUGGAGAUUACAGUAACACAUGCUGUCGUAAAGAUCCCUCACCUCGCUGCCUUUGGCCUGGUCUGGGAUUUCGUUAAAAGGUUUCUGAACAUGACCCUGCCAAUAGAGGGCCAAGUUCUGCUGUUCCUCCGACCCCUGUACGCAGGGCAUCAAGUACUCGAAGUGUUGCUGCUGCCCAACAACGUCCUUCUAGAUGAGGUUGAAAAGAAACGACGAGGUGCGGAGUACGUCACAGCAGUUUCCAAAUGUUACCUCGGCUUCGGUCAAAGUUACAGUGUCCACUGUGAACCGGACAGCUUCACGAUACAGCCUGAUUCUGCACCCUUUCACUCAAAGUAUGGACCAAAUUUGCAUCCGACGUUUGAAGUUUUCCUGACUACAAACACGGAGAAAGUGACUUUAAUGGUUCAGGACCAGGAGAGGAAAGUAAUCUGGAAACGUCAAGUGUUACUGAAAGGUCCAAGAGGGGAAAUUCCACCGAGAAAGGUCCCAGCAGGGGACGGCGUCCCAGGUGACAAGAAGCUGCACACCAGUCCAAUACAGUUUCUUGACAGUGUCUGAACCUGUUCUGGACCAGCUUCUGGAUAAACUUCUUGAGCUUCACGUGAUGAAUGAUGCUGAAAUGCAGUCAGCCAGAACAAAAGCCAAAGCAGAAAAGGCCGUAGAAGUGAUCGACACAGUGCAAAGAAAGGGAGCUGAAGCCUGCUCCGUUCUGAUCGCUGCUCUCCGUGAGGUGGAUCCAGGCCUUUCCACAACACUGAACUUAAGCUGAAGCAAAAGCUUUGGCAAGAAACUGCGGAGUGUGAUGUUGAUGAUGAAUCUCUAUAAACUGCUGUCUGUUUGGCUGGGAAAACUUCGUUUUUAAUGUCAUUUAAUUUUUUUUCAUCCACAACCACCCCCAGAAAUGAUCUUGUGACACCCUUGGGGUUUGGGAUCCCCAGGUUGAGAUCCACUGGUUUAGACUACUGUAACUCACCCAUCUCAUGCGUAAUCAAACACAACCUUUCUAGACUUCAGUUAAUUCAAAAUGCUGGUGCCAGACUCCUUACUAACUCUAACAAAAGACUACAUACUCUUCCAAUUUUAGCUUUAUGGCUACAUUUUGCGUUUUCAAAUCGAUUUAAAGAAUUGAAUUAUCCCUUUUUUUUAAAGGUAUAUGUAAUGGGUUGAAGAAUCUGAAGCUCUCCAUUCACUACACUAAUCCUACAAUGCUGCACCUUCCCGUGUGUGUGUGUCUUGCGAGACAAUCAGAAAAUAACGUUUUAUUCCUUUGAUUCACUGCUUUGUACAACACUGCUGCGCUCUCUCUCUGGCUGUUGAGCCAGGGAGGAGGAGCCAACUUUGAACCAUGUGUGUUUGCAAACUCGAUACUCACUACAUAUUAUGCCUUUUAAGCCCCGGAUGGGACUAAACCCUGAGUAUAUCAGUAAUUGUUCAAUUCCAUAUGAGCCUAGUGUUUCCUGAGAUCCUCCGAUGCCUCCCGUUUUAGAUUCCAAGAUCUAGAUAGAAAACUAAUUAUCAAUUCAAUUUUUUUUGAUGUCUUAUAUACUUUUAAGUUUAACCCUUUUUAUUUUAUUUUAUUAGGAGUUUUGUUUUGGAUUUUGUCUUUAUUUGAAGCACUUUGUAACUGUUCUGAAAAGUUGUAUAUAAAUAGAUUUUUUUAUUAUUAUUAUUAUUAUUAACAGAACGGUUUAAGAGGGACCGAGGAUUUGAUAUUUAAUGCGAGGAUGAAUCAAGACGUCUACACUCCACUGGACAUUGCCUGUCAGUCUUUACCCUACUACAUUUUCAAUAGACAUUUUUCUAAUUAAAAUCUCUGCAAAAAUAUUUUGUAUUUCAGUUUUCCUACUUCGCACUCGGAGAGCAAACAAUGGGUCAAGAGCAAAUGUAUUCCGACUGUUUCAGAGUUAACUCAGUUCUGUAAGAACAGUCUGCAAUAUGAGAGCAAAUGUACAUCCACAAAUAAAGAUUUGCCCUCAAUGUU